AUGAGGCCUAGGCACAGGGGUUUGCCAAACAAGUGGCUAUUUUCGAUUAUUUGGCGUGUGGGCAGGACAUGCCCAAACUCACAGCCUAGGUUGCCAAGGCUAACAGUGGCCUUGAUCAUGUUACCACUAAUGACUGGCUUGCCUAGGGGUCGCGCAUCUUGCUGUAGCAUAUAG